GUCAUGAUGACCUCAGGCGACCCAACCCCGCCGGUUAUGCUCGAGACCCUCUCUGUUCGUUGAAGGGGCUGGAGCGGCGCGCUGGGCGCAAGCGGGUGCAGGCAGCAGCAGCGGGCCGUAAGCAAGCUGCUAGUGCUUCAUGCGCACGCUGACGCAGGGGGAUCGGUUUAUACGAUCUCGCGCCAGGUGAGCGCAGACCACCAGCAUAAUCCCUUGCAUGCCUCGCGCAUCCAAUAAACAGUACCCUGAGGACAGCACUAGUCCAACAUGGCCAAGCCGCGCAGUGGCGCAUUUCCUACUACGACCUGCGACCUGCGCGCACACUCGCGCCUGUUCGAACCAGUCCAGCCCUCGCACACUCAGAAAAUCCAACCAUUACCACAUGUCCCUUCUGGUCGGGUCGACCAACUAGCUCCACCCCGCGCCGGAAUCCCUCUAGCUCAUCGAUAGCGAAGAGCUCUACAAGGUAAAUACCGAUUUCCAAGACUGGCGCCGGCGGUGAACCGCCCACCUGGUCUGCGAGGUCUGCGUUGGCCGGUUCGAGCUCCCUGGAGAGCAGGCCAGGACACAGAGAACCUAAACAGCGAAGCUGCAAAGAUUACAGCAGAAGAUGCAUCAAACAGCGAAGCUGUACAAAAUGCACAGGACUGCAAGUACACGAGAAAACAACUACAAUUAUAAUGAGGAAAGCAAUGCAGACCAUAGAUAUGGAAGCAAAGCUAGAAGCAGUGAGAGACCAUACAGUAACCACUGGUUUAUACAGCGAUUACCGUCUCAACACAACUGAGACAAACACGAAACUAAGAGAACUAAAAUAGCGAGUGCGUUUCAAAGCAAUGCGAGACCAUGCAGUAACCACAUAUAGCGAUUACCGUCUCAGCACCACUGAAAGACCACGCACGUGAAACACAACGCCGAAUUUGCGGUCGACUGCGCGGGCCGUCUGGCCCAGUCGCUAGCAGGAAAACGGGCGGCAUACAGAGUCAGGCAAGACACCCAGCACUCUUUGAGCGGGAGUGGGCAAAUGCAAAACUCUUAUUCCGAACAAAGUGAAGAUCACGCGGAGCUCUUAUACCAACACGCGCGCAUGCCCGACACACACACAGCAUGGCAAGAGUCAACGCAAAUACAAAGUCCGAAGUAUGUCGUAACAACCCGCGGUAAGACAAGAGUCGUAUGCUCACGUCGACUGUGUGAUAACUGAAUGUCUGAUAACGUGUACCACUCUAACUCACGAAAGAAACGAUUCCAACCUCCCCUCGAAGGUUCCCACUGCGUAGUGAAUAAGAGUACUCAGACUGCAACCAAAGUCAAAGUUGGACACGCGCUGAGAGCAACUCGUACAAGAUAACAAAUGCGGCAAGUACAAACGCAAGCGGCCUGGAAGUACAAGCAGGCAAUGCAACAAGUACCAAAUGCAGCGAGUACAAUCAAAGCAAGCGGCCUAUGCACCUGCCCCGAUAGGAGCUGUCUCACUUGGCACAACAGAGAACCUGGCACAUAUCGUCUGUAGGUCCAAGGAGAGGAGGUCGUCGCAGCCGACGAAGUACCCGAAGAUAUUGGACGGCCCGUACACAAGAUGUAGAGUGGAGUACGAUACGUGUGUAUGCACAGAAACCUGUCCGCACAAUGCGGCUCGAGGAUGCCCCCAACGGGCCAGGUCGCCGCUGAGCUCCCCGAGGGGGGACAGCAGCAACCUGGUUUUGUUUUUGCGUCUUUGCUGGGACCAUCUUGGCCACUGACGCCAGGUCCAACGAAGUCUCAGGCGAAGCGAAGCCUCAAAAUUGUCAAGCAAGCAGUCCGCUCUUAUAGAGAAACAGAAACAUGCAUGACCAAAGACGUUCGCACAACCUGUGGGAGAACAUCGCAGAUGCGCUCCGCCGCUGAAGGCUCGUACAACCCUACAACAGUGAGAACACUGAAGAGGCGAAACUAAAACUACGACAAGAGAGCCAGGAGACCUGGCCAAGAACUGAACAUGCACACACUGAAUUAUUAGAGCUCAAACAAUGCACAGAAUGACCACACGAGGCAAUCAUAAUCAACAAUCAAAAGACCACGCGAGGCAAUCACAAUUAACAAUCCACUACAAUACAGCGUACAAUACACAGAGAGGUUAUGUAUGCAGACAAUCAUGUUCAAAGCUGCCCUAUCGUUUGCCUUUGCCUCUGCCUUUGCGGCUACCUCUAGAGCUCCCACCGUUAUCGGGAGAAACUCGAAUGCUUUGGGAAGAUUCGGAAACCAACUUUUGAUGUCCAGUCUUGGCUAUCACAUCCGAAGCGACACGGACAGACGACGACCCCGACGGAGAGGCGAUUCGUCCACGUGGCGACGUAAUUAUGAGCUCUUGGGGCUCCCACAUUUGCUGUAGUCUCCGGGUGUCUGCUGCGAGUCUCCGCGGGUCUGCGCGACUGGCACUCUCGAAGAGUCCGUCUGGAACAAGACUGAAACAAUCGACAAUGUACCCUGGAGCUUUAAACCUGACCUCCUCGGCACGGUCCAUUUUCCCCGUCACGAAACGGUGAGAUUUGAGACAAUCCAAAAGUUCUCCCAGAAACGACUGAACAUGAUCCGCGAGGUUGAACAAAGUAUGGAACCAAAACGAUACAUGAUGUUUUGGGAUGGUCAUUGGCUCUGUCAUGAGGUCUACGAAUAAUUCAAGCCCCUGGAUUAAAUACUGCAGCGCAAUCUGGCCAGUGAACCCCUUCUGGGCAGUGCUCCUGUCAAUCCAUGUUUUGACGGCGUCCUGGAAAGUGAGCUGAGUUUGCACACAGGCGUCCUUCAAAGUGAACUGAGUAUGCACGCCAGCAUCCAUUGAAGUGAACUCAGUUUGCACACAGGCGUCCUCGCAAGCGAACUGAGUUUGCACGCCGGCACCCAUUGCAGACACUCGAAUGCUUUGAGGAUGCACUUGGACCUCAGCAUCAAUCGAGGACACUCGAAUGCUCUGAAAGGGACAGUGCAUUUCGUCAACCUGGACACCAGCAUCAAUUGAAAAUACUCGAAUGCUUUGAGAAGGAUAUUCGACCUCGUCAACCUGGACCCCAGCAUCAAUAGCAGAAGAAAACCGCGAAGUGCAACGGAAUCAACUUUCGGGCAGCUACCAGAGGGAUGGAGUAAUUCUGUCAACAACUUAUUAGCCUGAGCAUCCAACUCUGCAUGCAAGACCGCGUCACGGGCGACUAGGCCUUCGAGCACCAACGGAAGAGGACAAUUCGGUCGAACCCAUCCAAGUUUGCAAGCCCGAGCCUGACGCAAACACCUGGAUGCGAGACUCCGCACAUGAGGCAUCUGGCACAAACAAGACCACAAAUGAUAGGUAUAUGGCAGAAAACUGAAGGAAGAUGUGUGAGGACACCUGAGAGAUCACAACAAUGAAAUACUGCAAAUUGAACAAUAUGCAAUCCACUCAAGGCAGAUCUGAAAGAACGGAGACUUACGAGCACCACUCUAGGCAGUGAGGAACAAGUCAGCGUAUACAAAUUGCCACCACCAAACCGCAUUGAGAAAUGGAUAUGAGAGACCAACAAUGACAAGCAGGAUGUAAAGGGAGAUGGGCAGUUGCGUAAGCAGAGCAAAACAACACGCUAGCUCAACGUUCACCCUCGCGGAGGUUCCCCAGGCAGGAGAAAAUGAACGUUCGCGGAGCCUUGAGCCUUGAGCCAGGGAACCUCGUAGAGCUCCUUGCGCGCGUGAGACUGAUCAGAA